UUCCCCGCAGUGGUCCGCAAGGACACUCUUGCAUACUUAAUUCCCACACCGUUCGUCGCUGUGGAGCUUGAUUUCAAUCACGAUGGCUAUGAGCAGGAUACGCGGCGCCUUUGCGGUGCCUAGAAAAGGAGAAACAUUCGAAUUGCGAGCUGGACUUGUAUCUCAAUAUGCCUACGAACGAAAGGAGGCUAUCCAAAAAACCAUCAUGGCCAUGACCUUAGGAAAGGAUGUAUCCGCCCUUUUCCCCGAUGUCCUGAAGAAUAUUGCGACGAGCGAUCUCGAGCAGAAGAAACUAGUAUACCUGUAUCUGAUGAAUUACGCCAAAUCUCACCCGGACCUCUGUAUUCUCGCCGUGAACACCUUCGUUCAAGACUCCGAAGACCCUAAUCCUCUGAUCAGAGCGCUCGCUAUCCGAACGAUGGGAUGUAUUCGAGUGGACAAGAUGGUCGACUACAUGGAGGAGCCCCUCCGCAAGACUCUCCGGGAUGAAUCGCCCUAUGUCCGCAAGACAGCUGCAAUUUGUGUAGCCAAGCUUUUCGAUCUCAACCCCGGAAUGUGUAUGGAGAACGGUUUCCUCGAGAUGCUUCAGGAGAUGAUUGGAGACCCCAAUCCCAUGGUGGUUGCGAACUCGGUGACAGCGCUAUCAGAGAUUCACCACGCCGCGCCUGAAACCAAUGCGCUCCAGGUCACAGCCAAUACGCUACGAAAGCUAUUGAUGGCGUUGAACGAGUGCACAGAGUGGGGUCGAGUUACGAUUCUCACAACGCUGGCAGAGUAUCGGACUACUGAGGUCACCGAAUCAGAGCAUAUCUGUGAACGCGUGGCCCCUCAAUUCCAGCAUGCCAAUCCCAGUGUGGUGUUGGCCGCCGUCAAGGUCGUCUUUUUGCACAUGAGGAAUAUCAAAGAUGAACUCUCCAAGAACUAUCUGAAAAAGAUGGCUCCCCCCUUGGUGACCCUUGUCUCGUCCGCCCCCGAAGUGCAAUAUGUAGCCCUGAGAAAUAUCGACCUCUUACUGCAAAAACAGCCGGAUAUUCUCAACAAAGAGCUCCGUGUGUUCUUCUGCAAGUACAACGACCCGCCCUACGUUAAAUUCCAGAAGCUUGAGAUCAUGGUUCGCAUUGCCAACGACCGCAAUGUCGACCAGCUUCUGGCAGAACUUAAGGAAUACGCCCUGGAAGUGGACAUGGACUUUGUGCGGCGCGCCGUCAAGGCGAUCGGUCAGGUUGCCAUCAAGAUUGAGAACGCCAGCGAGAAGUGCGUUAACACAUUGUUGGACUUGAUCAACACGAAGGUCAACUACGUGGUGCAGGAGGCCAUUGUGGUGAUCAAGGACAUUUUCCGGAAGUAUCCUGGUUAUGAAGGUAUUAUUCCGACUCUCUGCAAGUGCAUUGAUGAGCUCGAUGAGCCUAACGCCAGAGCUGCGCUCAUCUGGAUCGUGGGAGAGUAUGCGGAGAAGAUCAACAAUGCUGGAGAUAUUCUAGCCGGAUUCGUGGAAGGGUUCAAUGAAGAAUUCUCGCAAACGCAGCUACAGAUUCUCACCGCUGUUGUCAAACUUUUCGUAAAACGGCCCGAAAAGGCCCAAGGACUGGUGCAGAAGGUCCUGCAGGCCGCAACGGCGGAGAACGACAACCCUGACGUUCGUGACCGAGCCUAUGUGUACUGGCGCUUGCUCUCCAACACAAGCGACCCUGCUGCCACCAAGAACAUUAUGCUCUCUGAAAAGCCCCCAAUCGUGACUACCAUCCACUCUCUCCCACCAGCACUUCUCGAACAACUCCUCACCGAGCUUUCUACCCUCGCCUCUGUCUACCACAAGCCACCAGAGCAAUUCGUCGGCCAAGGCAGAUUUGGUGCUGACGCCGUUCAAAGGGCCGCCAUCGAGGAACAAAUCCAAAAUGCACGGGAGAACCCAUUGGCUGCGGCUGCAGCCGCAGCGGCAGUUACUGGCAAGGCUCCGCCACCCCAGAGUCAAAGCAACGUUGAAAAUCUUCUGGAUAUCGAUUUCGACGGGGGUGCACCAGCAUCCGCUCAGAAGGAGCCAAGUGGCGGUAUGUCCGGUCUUGAAGGCCUUGCCGGCACACCUGUCCGGGUAGAGUCUCCCGCGGUCGGUGCUCCGGCGAGCAGCAACAAUCUGGACGAUCUACUGGGCGUGUUUGGUGACGGCGGGGGCGCUGCAGCCUCGGCCCCAGCCCCCAAUGGUAAUGGUGCUAGUGCAGAUCUCAUGAAUGGUUUCGCCGGGCUGGAUCUAUCAUCGAACACGACAUCACCACCACCGGGAGGAAACCAGCCCAAGAAGACCAACGAGGACAUUUUGUCACUGUUCUAAAUACCGCGUCGAGAUGGGUGGGAUCCAAUAUGUAUAGCCGAAGACAGGUCCGCGUGGAGGUGCUUCAAAAGAUGACUUAAUCCUUGCAUUCGGUAUAGAUUUCCACGGUCUUCAUUAUUUGAUUUCGCCAGCCAUGUUCGCUGUGACCCUUUCAUCCUUCUUAUUCUUCUUCACUUGUGAUUACUUGUAUAUCCUGAGCAUCCUUUUCUUCAAUCUUCCAUGUCUAUUUCCCAUCAAUGCUAGGGACGAAAUCUAGACACAUUAUCCCUUCACGUAACUUGAGCAUUUAACGUAUAACCCAUACGGCACGAGACGGUAAAGGCAGGCAGAUCCCGAGUCGGCCGACGGAGUCCAGUUCGACUCGGCCCACCAUAUCCUCGGAAACUUUUUCGAAUGCCGAAAAUACAAGCAAUCCCGGAAUUAGUCAACAUUUAGUGCCGUUGGUCUCCAAUUUUCUCUUCUUUUAAGUUCUUUUUCUUCCGUUUCUUCCCUCGUAGU